ACUCCCACCCAACACCUCACCACCAAUCGACCUCGGCGUCGCAUUCUCUCACCUUCCCGCCUUUCUCCGCCCCGCAAACGCUUCUACCUGAGUCGCAGACAUGGCGGCAGUCGCACCUUUCAACCCCCGACCUCUCCUCCAGAGCUUAGUCGACAAGGACAUUGUUGUUCGCUUGAAGUGGGGCGAGACCGAGUACAAGGGCAGACUGGUCUCGGUCGACUUGUACAUGAACAUCCAGUUGUCCAAUACGGAGGAAUUCGUAAACGGCGUCAGCUCAGGCACGCUUGGGCAGGUGCUUAUACGGUGCAACAACGUGCUCUGGAUUGGCAAGGCCGAAGAGGUGGAACCAAAGACCGGCAAAGACACGGCAAUGAGUGGCUGAGACUGCCAAACAAACGACGACACGAUGCGCGCCACGUCUUGAACUGGCGACACCAGUGGGCGCUCACCCGGGAGCAUCCUGGCCUUGGACGGGCGAGCUUAUGAUACAUGCGGCUACACGACUGAGCUGCCAGCGUGCUCUGGCCACCAAACAAACAAAAGAUACCACGGCGCUACUCGACGUAGGCGCGAGCUGGCCAACUCAGCAGACAGCCUCCAAAACGAAGCGUCUAGAAUACCAUCAUCAUUCAAGCCCUUCGGGGUUAUUCUAUCUCCUCGACCAUCAUCCUCUGUCCUUUCUUCUUGCUUUCCCCUGGUUGGAUUUCAAGUCCUCUUAGGUUACCUUCCAGCCCAAGAUUUCCAUCGAGAUUUAAUCCCUGUUCUCGCAUUCUAUGCAGCUCCUUCAUUCUCAAUGUCUCCAAUCCCUCUA